AUGGCUAAGAUAACCCCCAUACCGGUUUUAUAUAAAAAGGACUUUGAGAAAUUGCCGGAGUGGGAUUUUGAAGAUGUUUAUUUGCACAGCAGUCGGCCUAAAGAAACAGCAUGUCCUGAGUCUCUACGGCGCUCAAAAGAUGAAGAGUUUCAGAAAGCGUUUAUUCCAAACAUACAGCUGUUUCUCCACAAAGAUCACAUGAACAUCACCGAGUGGAAUCGCCUGGCACACUUCAACAACCCCUUUGGUUUUAUGGAAUACAAUUACGAUGAGAUCAAGAGAGCAGUGGAUCUGAUUCCCAAGCCUGAGAGCUCUCAGUUACUACCAGUCCCCAGUAAUGACAGUGAGGGCUGUAUCAGCUGUGCUGUUGUGGGCACUGGAGGAAUUCUCUAUGGCUCCAAAAAGGGGAAAGAGAUUGAUUCCCAUGACUAUGUGUUUCGGUUGAAUGGUGCCGUUAUUGAGGGUUUUGAAGAGGACGUGGGGAACAAAACUUCUGUUUAUGUGCACACAGCUUAUUCCUUGACACAGGCUCCUAUGACACUGAAAAAAUUUGGUUUCAAGGGCAUUCCACGUGAUGAGGGUAUAAAAUAUGUUAUGAUCCCAGAGGGCCUUAGGGAUUAUCAGUUUCUCCAGGGCCUUCUCCAGGGGAAAGAAGUAACUGAUGGACCCUUCAUGAACUCAAGACCUUGGAUCUACUACAGGGGACAGUUCGACAAGAGAAGGUUCUAUGUACUUCACCCAGAUUUUCUAAGAUACAUUCGGAAAAGAUUCCUGCCAUCCAAACAGCUGAGGAACAAAUCCUGGGUGUAUUACAGACCCACUAAUGGAGCAUUCACUGUGUUCUUGGCCUUACACACUUGUGAUGUGGUGGAUAUUUAUGGAUUCAUGACAGAGGAUUAUGAUAAAUAUUCCAACUACUAUUAUGAGAAGUUGGCAAAAACUAAAGUAAUUUUCUACAUUAACCAUGACUACAAGCUUGAGAUGAAGACAUGGCAGAAACUACACAACAGCAAAAUUAUCAGACUUUACCAAAGAGCGGAGAACACAGAAAACAGAACGACAAAAUCCUCAGCCAAACAUCAACAACAAACAUGA